AUGUUGAUGAUGGUGAACGGUUUCAAGACCGAUCCAAGCCAACCUGGCGUCGAAAAAAUGGUCAUCGCAGAAGUCAAUGAGAAGUGGCUCACAGAGCAGAAUCGAAUGAGGAUUAGCAGUUCUGACUUGGGACUCGCUGGAAAUGACAUGCUGUCUCCCCAGACUGUCUUCACUGUGAAAGGAUGGAACCGGGCGAUUUGCGCCCUUGCCGUGAUGAGGGCAACAUUUGAGUUGAGAGAAAUGCUUCAGGGCAUAAGAUCUAAUUACUCUGCAUUUGCAGGCGUAAGUCUCCUGAGCACCAUAAGAAGGAGGCCAAACUGCUUCAAUCUGCUGCAUCAGUGUCAGAUGAUCCUGACCACUGGUGUUAGCAGUGAUGGGGCCCUGGCAAACUUGACAGCGUUGGACAACGCAGCCGCGCUGGCAUCAGCCUACCAGAUCGGGAAGCUGGAAGCUCAAGCCUGUACCAACCUCCUGAAGCACAUCCCGCCCCCAAUCGUUGAAGGGCUCAAGGAGCUUGUGAGGAUCCAUGGACAACCGAAAUUCUUGCUGCACGAUGGGAUCGCCCAUGGGGUCUUCAAUGCAUCCUACAAUGGUGCCAGCAACAGUGGAGCUGUGAGUGCUUGGGAGAAUCUUUUGCAGAACACACCAGAAGUCCUUCAGCGUGUGUGCUGUGCUUUCAAAGCAUGCUGCAAUCGCUUCAGAGAUUUGGUGCCCGCGAGCUUCAACGAGAAGGUGGAAAAGGAGAUCAUGUCAACGUUCCUGCACCGUCAUGGAGAUGCGGAACUGACUUCGCUGAUCCAAGCCACGGUUCCACCAGCGGAUGUCAACAAGGAAGCGGAGCACAAAAUGAACAAAGCCGCAGGUGGCUUGGACAUGCAGUACUUGAGCACCAGAUACGAGAAUGGGAAAGCGAAGGUGGGUGAGUUCAUGCAAAAGCGGCAUUGCACAGUGCAGCACAAGAACAUCGUGUUGGCCCAUGGGGAUGUCGUGGAAAAACAAGCUGAGCUUGGCCCAUCCACGACCUUUGAUGUCCACGAGGUGGCCUUGGCCUACAACAUGAGUUCGCACCAAGGAGACAAAAGGAAAACAUCCCAACAGUGCCUGUUUGCCAGUUUGAGUGGCAACCGUGUGAACGAGUUCAACAAGUCGAAGGCCGCUUUGGGCAGCAUAACGGCCGUGGACAGGAGUCGCGUGAGCGACUUGCAAAACCCUGAUGAGGACAAACCACUGGCUGCCCACUUUCGUGUUCAGCAACGUGGAAUCCCAGCCACCAGGGAAAUUAUCAACAAGUUGCUGGAAGGAGUUCCACAGAAUGAGCGCCACCCUGUGCUCAUUGUGGACUGCAUGCCCAAUCGGUUCGCAGAAUGGUCCAGCGCAUGCCUCCAAAUGCAACUGGAAGAGCUGACGACAGAGAGCUACACUGGGCCCUGUGUGACCUACAUGGGAAUUUUCCUGGAGGAUGAAUGCUCAAUGUCUAGGGCCCUUGAAAGCAGUGUUGCUGGGAAGCUGAUGAGUAACUGGAUUCCGGAUUUGGUGAAAAACAAGUACACCACGAGCCAUGCCCAAUCUUUGAAGACCCUGAAUGACAUGAUCUCCAGUCAGAAGGAUGUCUUGGAAGCUGUGAAGGGGGUUGCUGGAGAGGCAGCCCAAACCGGGCCUGCUGCUGGAGCUGCUGUGUGCCAGUCCCGAGCGUUGGCAUCACCUGACUUCCAAGGGCAGCCAGUUCCAAACUUUGAACGACGGGUUGACUUUGAGGAGAUGACAAUGGACGAUUUCAAGGCAAGCCAAACGCUGCAUUGCUCAGCCACUUUGGCAAACUCAGUGCUGAAGAUUGGCAAGACUGAGAAUGAUGGCUCUUGGUGGCUUCUCAAUGAGUCCAGGGACAACAUUGAUGUGCCGGCCAGAGAGCUCUUCGGCUUUAAUGUGGGGACCUUUGUUGAAGUCCCUGCAGGAGAAGCGACCUCGUUGGUGGAUGCCAUUGGAUGGUCCAUCACCUCGGACUUGGAUGUCGUGUGCUUGUGCAGUCCAGGCAAUGCCGGAAUGGAGAAGAAACUGUUCACCAUUGCCGAAACGGUUUGUUCAAUCACUCGAAACCAGGGCGCAACAGUGGUGGGCCCCAACAAUGAGACAAAGGUGCUGCAAUUUCGAUAUGACAUCACUGGCAGGGCCAAGACCAAUGCGUUCAAACCGAAGCCCAUCGAUGACAACAAGUUGGAUGUCCGAUACUCUCAGUUGGGUGGAUGCUUUUCAUCCUACAACACUUUGCUGCGCUCCCCGAACGUUGGUGUCAUCUGGGAGGCCAGGUUUCAUAAUUGUCAAUGUGGUGUACAAUGUUUCUUUAGGAUCAUCCCAUCAUACCAUAUUCUGGGAGGUGAAGAUAUCUGA